AUGAGAAUAACAAUCGACUCCCCCACCUUCCCAAUCCCAACUCCACAGCAUCGUCAUCGUCAUCGUCGUCACUCGCAACACACACUCCGCAGCAUCAAAAACACCACCACCACCACCACCACCACCACCGUCACAUCACCAGCCCAGCAAACUUUUCUCCUCAGCCCUAGCCCCAGUCCCAGUCCCAGCCCUACAUCCCCAAUCUUCCAAACCGACUCACCCAUCCUACCCUCACGCACCUCCACCCCCAGCCCCAGUCUAGCCUCACAGCCCUCCUCCUACUACCGCACUUUGAGUUAUUCAAACUGGUCAACUGACCCAACAGUCAUCGAUGGCAUGGCUACACCACAACGCUUUUCUACUCGUCUGAGCGAUAUCCUGCCCGAGGAUUUGGACUUUUAUGCUGAUGAGCGGAGUGAGCGGAGCGAGCAGAUGAGUAUUGGUGUGGGUGAAGUGCAUGCUGGUGCAGAAGAAGAGGAAGAAGAAGAAAAGGGGGAGGAGGGGGAGUGGGAGUGGGAUUUGGAGUUGGGGCCCGAGGUAAAAGGGAUGUUGGCGGUUAUUGGGGAGGGGGAUUUUGGGUGUUAUCCUACGUCGGCUGGGAAGACGGAGGAGGAGAUAGUGAUGGUGGUGGAAGGGGAAAGGGAAAGGAAAGGUGUGAGGGAGAGGUCUGGGUUUCGCACAUCUUUGAAAAAGGUGUUUGGGAUGGGAGGUAAGAAACACUAA